GAAAAGGAACAGUAAACACGCCUUGAUCUCUCUCCCUCUCUCUCUCUCUGCGCGCGUCACUCACAUACAAAUUUACGACGAAAAUACCGCUAUGCUUCUUUUAUAUAUGAAGUCCAUCCCAGACUCCCACAACAAGAUCAUCCAGAAGACGCAAACCUUUUCAGAGCUUUUGCCUUUUUUUUUUCCUUUUACCCUUUUGCUCUUCCUUGCUGGGAAGGGUAAGGAUUUCAAUAUUCUAUUCAGAUUUGAGAUUAAGAGGCUGAGGCUUGUGUAGAUGAGGGAGGAGAACCUGGGAAAACCAGAGGAAUAGAGGGAUCAACGUGUGGUUGUUGUUGAAACACAAGUGCGCAUUAAGUGUUGGAUUUAAUUCCUCAAUUAAAUUUUCUUUCUCCUCCUUGUCACAAGUUUACUAGUGUAUUCAGUAUUGUCCUUUUAAGAUAUUUUGCCUAGUUUUACCUCCUUUCUACUUUAGUUCACAUAUUUUCGCCUCUCUUUCUACCGUCACUUUCCCUAUUUAAUUUCCCAUUUCCCGAGAGCCCAUAGGCGAACCCUGGUCUAAAGCUAACAAGCUCCGUCUGAGUCUCCAAUGGCUAGUUGGGUUUUGACAGAAUGUGGGUUAAAGCCUCUUCCUCCAACAUUCGCUCGACCCAGGGUUGAAGCUGUGACGUGUAAGAGCUCCAAGGUCAGAUUUUUGAACGCAAACAAUGGUGUCAAUGAGACAGAUCUGAAAUUUCAGACAAGAGGCUUCACAUGUAACUUCAGAGAGAGAAGAAGCUGGGAACUGAGAGUGAGUGCUCCUUUGAGGGUUGCUUCCAUUGAAGAAGAGGAUGAAGAAAGAAGAGAGAGAAUCAACGUGGGGUUCAAUGGGGCAACACAGGAAGAACCAGAAUUCGAUCCUGGGAAUCCACCACCAUUCAAAUUGGCUGAUAUCAGAGCAGCCAUUCCUAAACAUUGUUGGGUGAAGGACCCAUGGAAGUCAAUGAGUUAUGUUGUGAGAGAUGUGGCUGUGGUUUUUGGAAUGGCUGCUGCUGCUGCUUAUUUGAACAACUGGCUCGUUUGGCCUCUGUAUUGGGCUGCUCAGGGAACCAUGUUCUGGGCUCUGUUUGUCCUUGGUCAUGAUUGUGGUCAUGGAAGCUUUUCAAACAAUCACAAGCUGAACAGUGUUGUCGGUCAUCUUCUGCAUUCUUCAAUCCUAGUACCCUAUCAUGGAUGGAGGAUCAGUCAUAGAACUCAUCACCAAAACCAUGGUCAUGUGGAAAAUGAUGAAUCUUGGCACCCGCUGUCUGAGAAAAUAUACAAGAACUUGGACCAUUUGACCAAGACUCUGAGGUUUACUGUACCAUUUCCAAUGCUUGCGUAUCCUUUCUACCUUUGGAGCAGAAGUCCAGGAAAGACUGGUUCUCACUUUGACCCAAACAGUGAUUUGUUCGUUCCCAGUGAAAGAAAAGAUAUUAUCACUUCCACUGCUUGUUGGACCGCCAUGGCUGCUUUGCUUGUAGGUUUAGGAUUUGUUAUGGGUCCAAUUCAAUUACUUAAGCUUUAUGGCAUUCCUUAUUGGAUUUUCGUGAUGUGGUUGGAUUUUGUGACUUACUUGCAUCACCACGGACAUGAAGAUAAACUACCAUGGUAUCGCGGAAAGGAAUGGAGCUACCUUAGAGGUGGACUUACAACUCUUGAUCGUGAUUAUGGUUGGAUUAACAACAUCCAUCAUGACAUUGGAACCCAUGUCAUUCAUCAUCUCUUUCCUCAAAUACCACACUAUCACUUAGUAGAAGCAACUGAGGCUGCAAAGCCAGUGCUUGGAAAAUAUUACCGUGAGCCAAAGAAAUCAGGGCCUCUUCCCUUUCACCUAAUUGUAGAUCUGGUUAGAAGCUUGAGGAAAGAUCAUUUUGUUAGUGACACGGGGGAUGUUGUGUACUACCAAACAGACCCUAAGCUCGCUGGCUUCUCUUCUUCAUCAAAAAAGUAAAAGCUUUAAACAAUUUUUCGUACUUUGAGAACAUAUCAGAAGCCACACAACACACAGUUCCUUAACUCUGAAGAUAUUAACUUUGGAGAUUGUCUCACUGUCUUGAGUUUGUAAUUUCAUGGAAUUGCCAAGAGGCAAAUUUUUCUUCGCUGGAAGAGAGUAGAUGCUUAUUGCCUAAAGCAUUUGGUUGUAAUUGUCUGCUACUGAAUAAGAUUAAGCAGAGUGUAUGUACUAUUAUUGUAGUCUAUUCUUCGUCUUCGAGAGUGAAGAAUACUUGUAAA